AUGUCUAGACUCAUUCUCAGGCUACCAUGGAGAUUCUGGGCCACUGCUAUCGUGGCUGCUUUGGGGAUCAUAACACUACUGACAGGCCUUCGAUGGCAGUCUUCCCGCCAUAAAAUCGCCUAUUACAAACCCCCUGAGGUUGUCGAUACCGGGUCAGGGCAACAGUCAGACCGUGUGGAUGAUGUUGACCCAAAACCUGAUUCUCCCACCGGCAGGCCGACUGCAUCUGUUCCUCCAAAACAGCCUGUGGCUCCCAUAAGCCAGGGCAAGACGAGCGACCAUGGCUUGUCAGUGGAAGAGGCGGGUAACGCGACCCUCGGUGUCGCCGAGCUUAUCGUCAUCAAUAUGCCCGACCGCACAGACAAGCGCGACCGCAUGACCAUCAUGGGCGCUACAACGGGGCUGCGCUUCACUUUCCUCCCCGGCGUCGACGGCGCCAAAGUUCCCGACGCCGCAAUGCCCCCCAAAGCCCAAGGGUGGACAGGCAAGGUCCGCGGGUCCUGGCGAGCCCACAUGGACGCGCUAUGGUAUAUCGUGCAGCACAAUCUCAGCUCGGCCAUCAUCUUCGAGGACGACUUGGACUGGGACGUGCGGAUCCGCGAACAGACGAGGGACUUCGCCCUGGCGAGCCGCGCGCUGCUGCAGCCAUUGGCUGGAACAAAGCGGUUUGCGGACCCGACGUACCCGACCGUGCAGGAACAAGACGCAGCCCUCGACCCGCCGCCGCUCAGCUUCGAGCAUUUGCCCAAGACAGAAGACCCCAAGACGUCACCGUACGGUGAUGGCUGGGAUGUGCUCUGGCUGGGCCACUGCGGCGUGCAACAACCCACCGGCGACCCAAAGAACCAAUGGGCUGAGCGAUCACGGCAUAUCUCACGCGGCGCGGUGGUUAAAGAGAAAGACGCCUCCGUACCACAGCCCAAAAACAUUCAUUCCUGGGACGACGAUGGCCACGCGCGGUUCCGCAACUCGUACCCGGCGCACACACGGGUCACGCACCACACGCUCGACACCGUGUGCACGUUUGCCUACGGGGUGUCGCAAGCUGGGGCAAGGAGGAUCUUAUACGAUUUGGGUCUGUGGAGGAUGGAUGACCCCUUUGAUUUGGGAUUGCGGCAGUUUUGCGAUGGGACGUUUGAGCAUGCGCGUCAUAUUGGAUGGGGUUCACACUGGAAGUGGGCCCCCUUCGUCACCGUCCCCGUGCCCGUCAAGGAACAUGGUUUCAGAGAUCUGGUGUCAAGGGUUCAACCCUUGACGCGUUCCGCGAAGUCUAUAUUGAUUGAGAUUGGAGAUCCGCAAUGCCAAGCCUUAAGCCUUUCCGACUCGGAGCGCUGCCUCGCCCAAGCGACGGCAUACAAUGAUUUGUUCUGUGCUUUCCACGCAAAGCAGUGUUUUGGUCUAUAUAUGGGUUACAAGCGGCGCAAUGCCGAGCUGGAUAGGCUGAGUGCUGAGGGCCCUCCUUUCCUAGUCAAGAAUUCCGCCACGCCUCCGGCCAACUUGUCCUUCAAGAGCUUGAAGGACCCGAGCGAAUUGCAUGAGAUACAGGCGCACUUGUUCAAACAGUAUGUGCUCCUUGGCAAGGUCAUUGCUGCUCGUCAGCUGCAUCAUAAGCAUUUCUUCUCCCUAGAGAUGGACUACGGCCACAAAGUCUAUCUUGAAAAGCUACAAGCGCGUCAUAUUGGCACCCUGAGGGCUCUUGAGCGUAUCGAACAGAGGAGCGCCACUGUGUUGUACGAGAGGGAGCAGUGGUUUAAGUGGGUGAAAGCGACGCAGGCCGAAGAAGAAGCCACAAGGGAAAAGGAGCAGAAGAAGGUCAAACUGGAAGCCGCCAUGUUCCAGAGGCACUUUAAGGAUCUGCAAUCAAGACUCAAGUCCAUGCGAGAUAAGGAAGACAAGUUGCGGCAGGAUGCUUUUCUCGACCAGAUCUGGAAGGAGCGCAUGGCAUCGGCAAGCGAAGGCGAAGGCGAUGUUGAGAUGUGGGACCCUAUCGAAGAUAUGGUGGCAGAGGAACGUGAGAAAUACCUCGAUAUCAUCCGCCAGUUCUUGUGGUUCGAGCCCAAAGGCACAGACAACUCUGCGCAGCAGAAUGAGCAGCAGCAGCGCAACCAGGAAAAGGAGGGAUCAGCUCCUCAGACUCAGGUCCCGGCCGUCCCAGUCACAAUGGAAGACGAUGUGGACGAACAAAAAGACACGCCAAGCGAUGUAAAAAAGUCCAAGACGAAGUCAAAAGGCAAGAAGAAAAAGGCAAAAAAGAUUGCCGCCGAGGCAACCCCAGCGUCGGAGUCUCCAGGCCCAUUGACCACUUCCAAGGCUCCCGGGAAUCAAGUGGAAGUUGGGAAAGGCCACAUUGAAAGCCAAGAAGAAGUUCGCAGGCGUUUACGAGAGGGUGUAAAGAGAGACCACUCGGGCCUGUACGGGCCCCAGCUCGUGGGCACUAUCCAAAAUCCAGCCGAAACACAUGGCCGCACGGCGCCCCUGCCAGAUGAGGAUAUCGACAAACUUCUCUCGGAUAUAGCAGAGAUCAAGGCUCUUCUGCUCUGCCGAACGCUCCUAUCGCACGCCACACUGCUCCCAGCAGCUCUGCGAGCCAAGAGCGUGGAAGAAUUUAUUGAAGACGCCUCAAUUGCUCACACCGACCUGAGAGAUUUGUGCCUGAAAGUCGAGCAACCCAAGUUGCAGGAGCUGAGGGAUGCCUGCGCUGACUUUGCCCGGGGCGACAAUCCCGAACCCCCACCGCCCGAGGAAGAGCUCGAGGUUUUGUCAACAGAGGAGAUAUUCAGGCGGAAUCUGAUGUAUGGUGACAUGAAUGAGAUGGGUCUCUUUUCUGCGUUGAUGUCUGGGAUGUCAAAAAAAAUCAUGGCGGCAGAGUCGAACGUUUUCAAAGGCGAUUCAGACAAGAAGCCAAGAGGAAAGAGGAUGAAGAUAACGAUUUGCGGUAAGACGAUAUGGAAUCAUGCAAGCGAGGCUGCUAUGGCUCGAGAUGGAUGGCUGCAAUUCUCUAUCAUGGCUAAAGAUUGCACCUUUGAGGAGGCUGUCCUGCUUUGUCGGAAUUGGGACGAGUUCUACGAGCUGCAAACUCUCGUCUUGUGGCACUUCUUCCCUUCGGCCAAAUGGGCGUCCUGGUCCCAGAAUGCGAUGACCGAGCAGCUACUUCAUAUGGGCUUCAUCCCUUUUCACACCCAAUUCGGAGCGGAUACAAAGUCAAAGUACACUCAGAUCGGCUCGAAAGGAAGGCUUCGACGGCAGCACCACGUCGAAGAAUGCCGCAACCUUAUUUGUGCCCAUAUGAAACGCGGAGACCCAGUCACUAAUCGAUUCAUCGACUAUUGCAUGAUGCAAACUGGCAAUCUGCAAAUCCUCGUCCGAGACGGCAAGACUGGCCAGAUUUUGUACGCUCCUCAAGGCGAGAACGGACGGUGGAUCCAUAGAGUGAAGUCGGGUCUUGGUCGGGCGUCGAAGAACGAGUUCGAGGUCGUGCAAGCGGUUGAUAGGAAACUGUUGAAGGAGCUGGAUCUCAAGCGAAAUUGGCGAUUCAGCUUCGACUCUCACUACGAACUCUACAUUUGGGACUUCGUGCCUGGCGAGAGCCCAAUGGAGCUAUUCCAUUACUUGGUAGACAUGCUGCGACGAGCUCGAAGGAUUCGGGAGUCCCGGCACAUGUAUCUCCAUCAGAAACCUAUCCUAGAACAAUUAACCCAGGACGAGGACACCAAGCGAGUGCGACAGAUCCGCCCAGGCGAACAGGCACUGAGCGUCUAUGAUUUUGUUACCGGCCCGACAUCGCAAUUCGCGAUCCAGAACACCAAAGGUGGCGAGAUCAGGGCAGUAGCCCACGGCGAAAUGCCCGAGGACAUCGCAUCUCCGUACAUCAUGUACAAUGACGCUGAUGCCGCAGAGGACGAGGUUCUCUUCGCCGGAGGCCGUGACGAAGGCCUGUUCAAACCCAUUAGAAACCCUACGGUCAUUUUGGAGAGCUCUAGAAUGACGCAGACAAUGAUUCGAUACGGUGCCAGCCUCUUCGAUAGGGCGGAGUUGGAAGAUCUGGAUGAGGAUGAAUUUGAUGACACUGUUGGAAAGACAAAGGCUUUGCUCUCUGCGAGCGACGACAGUGAAGCACAGCAUUUCAUACAUUCCGUACCGCCGAUUUGGAGAGAUGCCUACUCUGAGAUCAACCGAAAUUUCGGCAAACACGGAAAGGAGAGAGAGGAUAUGCUGGACCGGCUGGACUUCUUCGCUCAGAGACUAGAGAUGUGCGGCCACGAGCUUCAGGAGCUCUCGGAGCUCGAGCUUAUGGAACGUGACAGGUCCUACGCGUGCAAAGAAUCAUUCCAUAUGGCCGACCUGGAACCUGGCGCUCGCGAGAAAUAUGUCGAGUCGAUGAAGAUUAUCAUAGGGGCACAGAACUUCUCCUCAGCCAAAACCGCUGGCACGGCCUGGGCAUGGUUUUGCCUCGACAUCCUCGACAUGCUUGAGUUGCAGGCCUGGUACGAUGACUACGACCAAAAUCCCCUGUCACCCUGGCCGCACCGGUAUCUCGCACAGGAUGUUACGCAGGCGUUUGUCACAAUGGGCUUGUUCUUCCCUAAUGUCGAGGUUACCAAGCUUGUCAGGGACUACCUUGACUCCGAGCAGGGCUCGCAGUUCAAGAACUCGGAGAUCUUUGACUCCAUUGCGCGCUCGCGGAAAUUGCCGGACCGGCGUUCGAGAAUUAGUCAGUCUGAGAAACCCAAGAGCUUCUUCAAGGAACUGGAGGAAUUGGAACGUGGUUCCGACUCGAUGAUUGACGCAUAUCCGCUUGACUGGAGCAAGGCCGUAAGGCCCACUAUUGCAAAAUUGUACCGAGCUGGCAUCAUCCAACCAUCCGACACUCAACCACAUCCCGCUGUAUGUCCCGGGUUCGCGUUCGCAGCUGAGGAGCCCCACCGUCCCGGCAAACUGGACUUCUUCGUGCGCUUCGAACGGCCCCCGAACGACCCGAUCCGGCAUCCGCCCGGCUUUAUGCCGGUAGAAGACUGGCCGGACCUGCUGGCGAGCGCGCAGACGUUCGCACAGGGCAAGCCGAAAGCUAGGUUCUCGCUGAUACGCCUCUGGUCGGCGCCGCACUUCUACCCGCUCAUGGUCGGGUACUGGAACCGGCCCAACGUGGUGUUCAUGGACUCGGUUGGGCGCAGCUGGGAAUUCAAGUUCGUCCCCAAGGACCUCGAGGGCAGCGAGCUGAGCGCCAUGCACGGAACGUCGAGCAGGGUGAAGCUCGUCGUCGAGAGGGCGCGCAUGCACAAUGGGGUGGACCUUGGCAAGCACUUUGUAUCUCGUGGCGACGCGAUCCUGGUCAUGGCGGAGUCUGAGGAAGAGCUUCUUCGCUUGAGUACGAUCGCGGCGUUUGCGAUGCAGACCAAGCCGUGGCUGAGGGAGAUGGACCUGUGGAAGAGCUUUGUGAAUGUCGAGCUGGCCUUUUUGCAGGGUUUAGACCCAGUCUGGUUGGACUGA